CUUUAAUUAUAUCUCAUGCUUGCGUUUCCUGCCUCUCUAGUUUCUUCUGCAUUUGAAAUUCAUGGAGAUUGUAAUCUGCACAUUGCAGGAACAUCGGAAAAGAAGUCUACCAGUGUGAUAGAGAUGCCAUCGUUGGACCUGAAAACGACUAUGGGAAUAACAGAAGCGCUAAGAUUGCAGAUGGAAGUCCAAAAGCAGCUUCAUGAACAACUUGAGAUCCAAAGAAAGUUGCAGUUGCGGAUUGAAGAACAAGGUAAAUACCUCGAAAUGAUGUUUGAGAGGAUGAAGGACAUUGGGAAAGAUUUAAAGGUAUCAUCAUCAAUAACAGAUGAACAUCCUUCACUAUCAACCGAGACAAAGCAUUCGCCUCCAAACGACAAAUCAGAAGCACUCGAGAAAGAUCCUGUUAGUUCGACAAUUGUUCAAGUUCAAGUUCAGGAGGGAAAUCACCGGACAAGAAAGUUCGUGAAGAUCACGACUCAGAUGGUGGAGACUCGUGUUGUUCACCUCCGUCAAAACAAGCAAGAACUGAAGAAAGGUCAGCUCUUCAUGAAUCUUGAUAGACUCAUUUGUAAUAUGUAGCCCAGCAGGAUAGCUGAAAUGUGAAUUGUUGUCUUUGCAAAUGUUAUCGACUUGAUGAAAGCUUCCGGCUUGAAAAUAAUCGUCUUCUUUGGUUGUUUCAUUCA